AUGAAAGGCAAGAAACAACAAAAGGGUUUGGUGAAUUCCAAUAUGCUAUCAAAGCUCGAAGAUCCUGCGAACCCUUUAUUAGGUCCCACGUUAAAAGGUUUACAGGCUUGGGGAAUGCUGCAGAAGCAGGGAAUAACCCGAAUUUUUUAUAACAUCCUCCACAUUUUAGCUAUAUUAUUCGUUGUCAGUCAAUACGUGGAGCUGUGGAACAUUCGCUCCGAACUGGACAUGGCUUUACGGAACCUGUCAGUUUCCAUGCUAAGUACAGUGUGCGUGGUCAAAGCUGGUACGUUUGUUCUAUGGCAGUCCGAUUGGAAGAAGAUCAUUAAUUUCGUUUCUACCACGGAGAAAAAGCAAUUGUCUAAAAGGGACUCCACUACGAAAAAAAUUAUUGGCAUCUAUACCAACUAUUCUAGAAACGUCACUUACUUCUACUGGUGUUUGGUUACAGCUACAGUUUUUACAGUUAUCUUAGCACCGUUGGUUUACUUUCUGUCAUCGGCUGAAUUCCGUGUAAAGAUAAGAAAUGGGACUGUACCGUAUCCAGAAAUUAUGAGCUCGUGGGCCCCCUUUGACAAAACCAAAGGGUUCGGUUAUAAGGUAAUGGUUUUAGAGCACACUUUGAUCUGUUUUUAUGGAGGCGGCAUCGUUGCAGCAUACGACUCUAAUGCUGUAGUUUCGAUGACGUUUUUCUCCGGUCAACUCGAGCUUUUGAAAAUAAAUUGCAGUAGACUUUUUGGGAAUGGUAGUGAUUAUAUUAGUUACAAUGAAGCAGUUUCAAGAAUACGCAAAUGUCAUGAGCAUCACAUGAAUUUAUAUAAGCACGUCAAAAUAUUGGAUUCCCUACUAUCGCCGGUAAUGUUUUUAUACAUAAUUAUUUGUUCUCUCAUGAUUUGUGCUAGUGCAGUCCAGUUGACUACAGAAGGUACAACAAGUAUGCAGCGGAUAUGGAUUGCGGAGUAUUUGAUAGCUCUGAUUGCCCAACUCUUUUUGUAUUGUUGGCAUAGUAAUACUGUUUCCUUUACUAAUCUCGGAGUGGACUCAGGAGUGUAUAGCAGUGCGUGGUGGUCGCAGGGGGUGCGCGUGCGCCGCAGCGUCGCACUACUCGGUGGGCAGUUGAACAGAACGAUUGUGUUCACCGCUGGGCCCUUCACUAAGCUUACUGUGUCUACCUUUGUUAUGAUACUAAAAGGAUCGUACAGCUACUACACACUUUUAAGCAAGAAAGAAGAUUAA